AACUUGAUGAAGUUUCGGCAUCGUGAAUCUUAACACCUUUUGUAGAUAUGAGUUGCUUGCAUCAUUUAGAGGCCAUCCCUGAAAGGUUUCUUGGAUGCAUAUGAUAAUUAACGACGGAUAUUCAAGCUGUGUGCUGCCACGGCUAUUUUUCAUACCCAGCCGAUAUUUAGAUGGAGUUUAUAUUCGUCAAUUUUAAGUUACUCAUUAAGCUGUUUAUCCAAUAAAUGUACAUUUAUCUAAACCAAAAUUUAGUUCUGUCGUAGCAUUCAACGAUGUCAUAGCAUUAUUGAUUGUAGUCUUGUUAAAAAAAUGUCAUGCUGUUCAAACCGGUUGUAAGCCGUUGUAGCACUGAAAAACCGAAGCAUGAGACUAAACAAGCUAUAUGUGUAAUACCCAACGCACCUAGCAACACUAUUGGUAUAUUUUAAGUUUUCUGGGAAGUACAUAACUUUUAGCAACAUCUGAUACUAUCAUUAUCUGCUACUACGACGGGUAUGAUUAAGCACAUAGUAAGUUAGCGCUACCUGGGCGAUAGGUGUAAUUCACUCAACGCAGGGCGCCCAAACACAGAAAAUGACACAAAAUAGAUUAUCGUGCAUUUUGCAAUCCUCUGCAAGGUUGAGCAGAUUCAUGUUUGAAUAAAUGCGGCGUUGAGAUACGCAGAGCACGUGACAUAAGCGUCAUCUAUGCAUCACCUUUUCCCCUCCGAAACGUGUUCUUUUCUGUAGUUUCGAAAACAGGACGUGUCAGAAAUAGCUCACGCCGUGCAGUAAUUUUAAACCUUACCGCAAAAGCAGCCAGGUAGACUACAAGACAUCAGAUAACCGGACUCAGAUCGAUUUUGGCAUAACAUUUACGAAAAUAUGCUCCGCUUGAAAAAAGUUAAAAAUGUGUCCGCUUGUUCCAGGCCCAAUGUUUGCGAGUACCAGGCGGUCAACUAUGAGGACGACGUCAGCCCAAAGAUCUUCAACUUCAAGCACAGAGGACAGCACGUGUUCCGGUACCGGAAGAUGUUCGUGCCUCAGGUCCGCACGCUCUACCGCUGCUGUGCCGGCUGGACUCAGUCUCACAAGGAGGGCUGUGCCAUCGACUGGGACGAGUGCGGCGACGAUAAUGGCCGCUGCUCCCACUCCUGCGUGAACACGCCGGGCUCCUACAUCUGCCUCUGCCCGGACCAGAUGCGACUGGGCGCCGACCGACACACGUGCCAGGAUUCUGGCGUGUGCACCGACGGCAAUGGAGGGUGCGAGCACACCUGUGAAGACGUUCGAGGGCAGGUCCAGUGUCGGUGUCAUCCGGGGUUUUCUUUGGGGCCGGACGGCAGAUCCUGCUCGCGGAGUCCCUGCGCUUUGGACAACGGCGGCUGUCAACACGUGUGUGGCCUGAGGUCAGGUCAGGUCAGCUGCUCGUGCCACAGCGGCUACAGACGCGGCACUGACAGUACCUCCUGCGAAGACAUUGACGAGUGCAGCGAGCAGGCGCCAUGCAACCAGCUGUGUACCAACACACCGGGCUCCUACCUGUGCCACUGUCGGCCGGACCACCAGCUGGCCAGCGAUGCCAGAACAUGCUACAGUGUGUUUACCGUGCUGGUCGACAAGUGUCUCCAUGGCAACGGCGGCUGCGACCACAUGUGCUCCACCACGGAUGCCGGCACCACGUGCUCCUGCCACCCGGGCUACCAGCUGGCCGACGACCAAAGGAUGUGUGAGGACGUGGACGAGUGUACAGGGGGCGCUCACAGAUGUCAGCACCAGUGCGACAACAUUCCUGGCAGUUACCGCUGCUCCUGUCGCGUCGGCUACCUCCUGCUCAACGGCACCGACUGCCAAGAUAUGGACGAGUGUUCAGUACAGAACGGUGGCUGUGAGCAGGUCUGCGACAACACAGAGGGCUCGUACCGUUGCUCGUGUCGGCCCGGCUACCAGCUCGUGCAGGACCAGCAUUCGUGCGUCAUUGCUGCGGGCUGGCUGGACGCCGCUGCGGAGUUGGACCGCAGGCCUCAGCUGCAGGGCGACCGACUGCCGCCUCCAGCGCCGACCACCCACCGGCAAGGGGACUGCCCGCUGGGCUUCAGCGGUCCGCUGUGUGGCUCCCCAUGUCCAGCCGGCACCUACGGCGAGGGCUGUAACCAGCUGUGUGUCUGCCAGAAUGGCGCCAGCUGCCACCACGUGACAGGUCGCUGCAGCUGCCCGGCCGGCGUCAGCGGCGAGCGGUGCGAGCACGGCUGUCCGGCCGGACAGUACGGACAGGACUGCGAGAAGCGCUGUCCGAUCCGCUGCCCCGCCAACAGAUGUAACCGCCAAUCUGGCUACUGUGAGUGUCCUCCGGGAUACUUCGGCCCGCAGUGUUUUGAGAUAUGCCCACAAGGCACGUUCGGGGUCAACUGUCAGAACAAGUGCACCUGCUACAGCCGAAACACGUACAAAUGCAACGCGGAGACGGGCGAAUGCAUCUGCAAGCCUGGCUUCGCUGGUGAACAAUGCCGCUCCAAGUGUCCGAGGGGCUCAUUUGGAGCUGGAUGCGCGCAACGAUGCGAGAACUGUCCCAGGGCACGGUGUCACCAUCUGACGGGCAAAUGUUUAACUUCUGCUGCCGGCCCAGCCUCCAAGGGAGACAACACCCGAAACAACGAGAUUGUGCCGUCCGAGAAAAAGAGGCGAGGAAGGCGAUGCGUCUGCUACGGUGGGGUGUGCAAUGAACAGGGGCGUUGCGUAUGUCCACCAGGCUUCAGAGGUCGUAGAUGUCGCAGCCCGUGUCGCCGUAACCGGUACGGGCCCAACUGCCGGUACCGUGGCCGCUGCCGCAAUGGCGGUGCCCUGGACCACGUGAGCGGCACGUGCUUGUGCACGUCCGGCUUCUUCGGCAGACUGUGCGGCACCAAGUGCCCGCACGGUUUCUAUGGCCGCCAGUGCUCCGAGGUGUGCUGGUGCUACAACGGCGGUCGAUGCGACGCCGUUACUGGGGCCUGCACGUGUCCGCCAGGCUACAUCGGCCAGCUGUGUCAGGACGUCUGCCCUCAGGGUACGCACGGCGCCGGCUGCCAGGAGGCCUGCGUCAGCACGCCCUGUGACCCGGAGACGGGCGAGUUCCGGUGUCCGGCCGGGCGGGCGGGGGACCGGUGCCAGCGGCGGUGUCCGGCCGGCCGCUACGGACCGGCCUGCCGGCGCCGCUGCCGGUGUCCCCCGGACGUUCCCUGUGACCCGGUGACCGGCCUGUGCGACUGCGGCCCCGAGCGGCUUGGUCACAGCUGCCAGGCCGACAAUGAAUACUAUUUAUUGAGGAGUGCAAGUUUGAACGCCUCGAGAGCGGAGCUUUGAGUUUUAGUAUUCACAGCUCAGCUAGCACGUGAACAAUGCAGCUGCCAGGGAGCCCAUCGCACCGUACCCUCGUCACGCAGGCGCGCAGGUCAUAGUUCAGGCCACCCGCGCUCCCCGGUGUUUUGGACUCACGCGAAACUUAACUCGAGCUCUUGGCGCGGUUCAGGAGUAGGUACGCGAGGUUUGAAGGCCUCGCAUUCAGCGUUCAGCCACUGUUGCAGCUUUACGUGCUGUGUUGCGUAACAUUGCGCUGCGCGACCACCGUCGACACCUGGUGCCUGUUGAAGUGAUCAACCGUGUCGCCCAGCGGCCCGCUUUGUGUUUAGGUGGCGAGAGCUACGAAGCGUAGGCUGUAGAGCAGGUGCGAGGCUCAUGUCGCUUAUAGCCGUUUGUAACAGCUGUCUUUUUUCGCCGAUGGAGAAUGUGAUAACAGGCCUUGCGACGCAGUCGUUUCUACUGACUUUUGUAGCUCGCGAUGGUUUUGCUGCGUGUUCCCCGUAUGAUUGCCUGGCUGUGGACGACGCGGGUCUGGUCACAGUUUUGCCGCGUCUUAGCUUGCAGGCUCGGUAAAUACAUUACCAGCUGAA